AUGGCAGUCGUCAGUCUGAUAUACACCCAGGAUUUGAACGCGUCACGCUGCAAGAACGGAACCGUGGUAAUCGUAAUUAGACCUGUGUUCUCGUGGCGGAUCCAUGUACCGAACUGGAAAUUGGAUGUCAUUGCGAAGUCCUAUGAGAAGAGGCAUCAUGCCAUGGUGUUGAAGGGCGAUGCUACGGACAGCGAGAUUCUGAAGCAGGGUCACUUGCAACACCACAUUGUCACAUGCCUCCAGUCGUAUGCUAAGGCAUUUGUGCAGCACACUGCUGACCUCCUUCUUCUCAAAAGGAGCAUAUCACAGAUAUCAGGCAACUUCUGUCCAACGUGUCUACUUGGUAGCAGUAUCAGAAAUCAGCAGAAGAAGAAUUCAGUAGUUGAAAUACUUCUCGAUAUUGACAUCGACUUUCAUGUGAAUCCGGGGCUUGUGGAAGCCACCUAUGCCUGGGCACGUGGUAAGCCGGUGUCAAUGGUGGCAGGACAAUCUGGCGCCGACGAAGGCCAUUUGCUCAGAGCCUUCAAACGCCUUGUUGAGGUCCUACAAUAUGCUCGUAUGGCAUGUCAUCGCCUUGGUUACCAGGCUCUUGAGACACUGAUGCGCGAUGCUCAUGUGGCUAUAAUGCGAAAAUAUCUUCGGCUGAUGCUAGCAGAACAAUCAGUUAAGAAUAACGGUCUGCACAUUUGCAACGACAAAGGGGACAAACGAGAGGAGAGGUCGGAGCUGGAAGCAAGACAGUGUGAUACUGAGUCUCCUGUUCCAAAGACGACGCCAAAACUAAAGGGAGGACCAUCGGCUGGAAGUGACUUCAGCAAAUUUUAUGACGCCGUAGGACGCGAUUUCGAAUCUGGAGCCUAUGGACCUAGAAACGAGUGA